AUGGAAUACCUACUCCAAUCUGGUAGUCAACUGGACACUCAACUUUGGCACCGAUCUGCUGUAAGACAAAAGGUCGGCCUGGUCGGAAUCUUUUCUCUAGGCGCCAUCACCAUGGCAAUCAGUCUCGCCCGUUUCAUCGUCUACAACAUGGACUACGACAUCGCCGACGCCGAUGGCAACCUUUGGUGCACGGCCGAAAUGUGCACAGCCGUCAUCGUCGUCUCGCUCCCGUCCUUAAAGGCACUCAUCAUCAAACCCACACCCGCUACCUCAUCCAACCGCAGCAACUCCGGCUAUCUGCAAGCUGGCUCCGGCAAAACCAUUGGUAGCAAAGGUAUCAACUUCAACGGGCACAGCUCGAAUAUUCAGGGCGGCACUAUGGACGAUGAAAUGGAAUUGACUUUUCUGGACCGGAAAGCCAGCCCUACACCAACUGGAACCACUGAUGGGUCACGCUUGCAAGAUGGGAAAGAUAAUGUGAUGGUGACUACAGAUUUCGAGGUCACCAGUACGAGGAAUGUGUUUUAG